ACAGAGACCUUCCUCAUUCCUUUGUCAGUAACAGACCACUCCAUUGUAUAGAUACAUGGUUAUUUAUUCUCCAGAACUGUUCUCAGGAGUCCUGUGGACUUCCAGUUCUGCUGUUUUCCAGGCACUGCAGUUUCUGAAUGUAUACGGAAAGAAGGCGGGAGGAGGUGGCAGUGCCCUGGCUGCUUCUAGAAGCAGCACCUGUUUGCGACCAUUCAUACCAGUUUUCUACUUGGUUCUCCUCUUGGGUGGAGGGGAGAAGGUGUCUUUUAUAACCAGGGAAAAGGACUUGGAAGCCAAAUUCAUUAUUCAAAUGGAGAAAAGCAAAACAACAAUCACAAACUUAAAGAUACCAGAAGGAGGGACCGGGGACUCAGGAAGAGAACGGACGAAGACCUUCACCUAUGACUUCUCUUUUUAUUCUGCUGAUACGAAAAGUCCAGAUUAUGUCUCACAAGAGAUGGUUUUCAACACCCUCGGCACAGAUGUCGUGAAGUCUGCAUUUGAAGGUUAUAAUGCUUGUGUCUUUGCAUAUGGGCAAACUGGAUCGGGAAAGUCAUACACUAUGAUGGGAAAUUCUGGCGAUUCUGGCUUAAUACCUCGGAUUUGUGAAGGGCUCUUCAGUCAAAUAAAUGAAACCACCAGAUGGGAUGAAGCAUCUUUUCGAACUGAAGUCAGCUACUUAGAAAUUUAUAAUGAACGUGUGCGAGAUCUACUUAGGCGGAAGUCAUCCAAAACCUUCAAUUUAAGAGUCCGAGAGCAUCCAAAAGAAGGACCUUAUGUGGAGGAUUUAUCCAAACAUUUAGUACAGAAUUACGGUGAUGUGGAAGAACUCAUGGAUGCAGGAAAUAUCAACCGAACCACAGCAGCGACUGGGAUGAACGACGUCAGUAGCAGGUCUCAUGCCAUCUUCACCAUCAAGUUCACUCAGGCAAAAUUUGAUUCUGAAAUGCCGUGUGAAACCGUGAGUAAGAUCCACCUAGUCGAUCUUGCUGGAAGUGAGCGAGCGGAUGCCACCGGUGCCACUGGGGUCAGACUGAAGGAAGGGGGGAAUAUUAACAAAUCCCUCGUGACUCUGGGAAAUGUCAUUUCUGCCUUAGCCGAUUUAUCUCAGGACGCGGCAAACCCUCUUGUGAAGAAGAAACAAGUUUUCGUGCCUUACAGAGAUUCUGUUUUGACUUGGCUGUUGAAAGAUAGCCUUGGCGGGAACUCUAAAACCAUCAUGAUCGCCACCAUUUCACCUGCUGAUGUCAAUUAUGGAGAAACCCUAAGUACUCUUCGCUAUGCAAAUAGAGCCAAAAACAUCAUCAACAAGCCUACUAUUAAUGAGGACGCCAACGUCAAACUCAUCCGUGAGCUGCGUGCUGAAAUAGCCAGACUGAAAACGCUGCUUGCUCAAGGGAAUCAGAUUGCCCUCCUAGACUCCCCCACAGCCUUAAGUAUGGAGGAAAAACUUCAGCAGAAUGAAGCAAGAGUUCAAGAAUUGACCAAGGAAUGGACAAAUAAGUGGAAUGAAACCCAAAAUAUUUUGAAAGAACAAACUCUAGCCCUUAGGAAAGAAGGGAUUGGAGUUGUUUUGGAUUCUGAACUGCCCCAUUUGAUUGGCAUUGAUGAUGACCUUCUGAGUACUGGAAUCAUCUUAUAUCACUUGAAGGAAGGUCAGACAUAUGUUGGUCGAGAAGAUGCUUCAACAGAACAGGAUAUUGUUCUUCAUGGCCUCGACCUGGAGAGUGAGCACUGCAUCUUUGAAAACGUCGGGGGGACGGUGACUCUGAUACCCCUGAGCGGGUCUCAGUGCUCCGUGAAUGGUGUUCAGAUCAUGGAGGCCACACACCUAAAUCAAGGUGCUGUGAUACUCUUGGGAAGAACCAAUAUGUUUCGCUUUAACCAUCCUAAGGAGGCUGCCAAGCUCAGGGAGAAGAGGAAGAGUGGCCUUCUGUCCUCCUUCAGCUUGUCCAUGACUGACCUCUCGAAGUCCUGUGAGAACCUGUCCACGGUCAUGUUGUAUAACCCAGGACUUGAAUUUGAGCGGCAACAGCGCGAAGAACUUGAAAAAUUAGAAAGUAAAAGGAAACUCAUAGAAGAAAUGGAAGAAAAGCAGAAGUCAGAUAAGGCAGAACUGGAGCGGAUGCAGCAGGAGGUGGAGACUCAGCGCAAGGAGACAGAGAUUGUCCAGCUGCAGAUCCGCAAGCAGGAGGAGAGCCUCAAACGCCGCAGCUUCCACAUCGAGAGCAAGCUGAAGGAUUUGCUUGCCGAGAAGGAAAAGUUCGAAGAGGAAAGGCUGCGGGAGCAGCAGGAAAUCGAGCUGCAGAAGAAGAAGCAGGAGGAGGAGAGCUUUCUCCGAGUCAAAGAAGAGCCCCAGCGGCUCCAGGAGCUCAACAACAACGAGAAGGCCGAGAAGAUCCAGAUAUUUCGAGAGCUGGACCGCCUCAAGAAGGAGAAGGACGAGCAGUACGCCAAGCUCGAGUUGGAGAAGAAGAGGCUGGAGGAGCAGGAGAAGGAGCAGGUCAUGCUCGUGGUGCACCUAGAGGAGCAGCUGCGCCAGAAGCGGGAGAUGAGCCGGCUCCUCCAGCGAGGGGAGGUGCAGCGGGUGGAGGAGGAGAGGAGGGACCUGGAGGGCAUCCGGGAGGCCCUCCUGCGGGUGAAGGAGGCCCGGGCUGAAGGGGAGGACGACGGCGAGGAGUCAGAACGGGCUCAGCUGCGUUUCCUGGAGUUCAAGAGAAGGCAGCUGGUCAAGCUGGCCAACUUGGAGAAGGACCUGGUUCAGCAGAAGGACCUCCUGAGAAAAGAAGUCGAAGAGGAACAAGAACUCCUGGAGCGUUUAAAGUCUGCAAACGAAGAUGACUUCAGAGUGUGGGAGAAAGAUGCCGAGGGUGUCACACACGUCACCCAGGCGGCUCAAAUCCUCGAGAAGAUAAAGCCCGCGGAAUACAGGCUGCAGUAUAAGGAACGCCAGCUCCAGUACCUCCUGCAGCAUCAUUUGCCAACCCUGUUGGAGGAAAAGCAGAGAGCGUUUGAAAUCCUUGACAGAGGUCCUCUCGGCUUAGACAACACUCUUUAUCAAGUAGAAAAAGAAAUGGAAGAAAAAGAGGAACAGCUCGCUCAGUACCAGGCCAACGCGAGCCAGCUGCAGAAGCUCCAAGCCACCUUUGAGUUCACUGCCAACAUCGCCCGUCAGGAAGAAAAAGUGAGGAAGAAGGAAAAGGAGAUCCUCGAGUCGCGGGAGAAGCAGCAGCGCGAGGCGCUGGAGCGGGCCGUGGCCAGGCUGGAGAGGAGGCACUGGGCCCUGCAGAGGCGCUCCACCCUGGGCCUGGAGAUCGAGGAGCAGAGGCAGAGACUGGCCACGCUGAACAGCAGCAGCAGCAAGCAGUCCGGCCUCCGGGCCAGCCUGGAAGCUGAGCAGGAAGCCCUGGAGAAGGACCGGGAGAGAUUAGAGCAUGAAAUCCAGCAGUUGAAGCAGAAGAUCUGUGAGGUUGAUGGUGUUCAAAAGGGGCAUCGUGGGACCAUGGAGGGGAAGCUUCCUUCUUCCAGCUUGCCAUCCAGUGCUGAAAAAUCUCACCUGGUCCCUCUAAUGGAUGCCAGGAUCAGUGCUUACAUUGAAGAAGAAGUCCAACGACGACUUCAGGACUUGCAUCGCGUGAUUGGCGAGGAUAGCAGUGCAUCUGCAGAUGUGGCGAGGGAUAAUGAGAAACUCCACAAUGGCACCAUUCAACGUAAGCUAAAAUAUGAGAGGAUGGUUUCUCGCUCUUUGGGAGCAAAUCCAGACGACCUGAAGGACCCAAUUAAAAUUAGUAUUCCACGCUAUGUGCUCUGCGGGCAAGGGAAGGACGAGCACUUCGAGUUUGAGGUCAAGAUUACUGUCCUAGAUGAGACAUGGACCGUAUUCAGGCGCUACAGUCGCUUUCGAGAAAUGCAUAAAACAUUGAAGUUAAAGUAUGCAGAGCUUGCUACCCUUGAGUUCCCUCCAAAGAAACUAUUUGGAAACAAGGAUGAACGAGUGAUUGCUGAGAGGCGAAGUCACUUAGAGAAGGCCUGGCAGGAUCCAUGGAUCAGAGAGAAGAGAUGCUGUUGGAGCACAGUGAAGAAACUGCAACAUGAGGACCAUUGGAGAGCCGAUCCAAAAUACCUCAGGGACUUUUUCAGCGUGAUGCUGCAGUCCGCGACGUCUCCCCUACACAUCGACAAAGUGGGGCUGACUCUUUCCAAACACACCAUCUGUGAGUUCUCGCCAUUCUUCAAGAAAGGGGUCUUUGACUACAGCAGCCACGGGACGGGGUAGAGCUGGGGGUGACGGAGGAACCACCGAUGCAGUGCCUUCUCGUCCACGUGGCCCUCCCGGCGCGCCGCAGCCUCCCACGCUCCUUCUGGGCCUGCCUCCUCCUGUGGCAGCCGGAUGUGCAGCAGCCGGCCCGGGCCGCCCCGCCAGGGCCUCCCGGGUGCCUGACUUUGGACUGGCAUGUUUCGCUUCGCUGGUGGUGACCCUGACGGGGCAGCUGCUACUGUUCCAUUGCCGUUGAACGUGGCCUUUUCCCCCAUAGUGCUCCCUCCUCCUCGCAGCGGGAGGCUGUCCCCUGUGGCAAAAUGGACGUGGCCGGCUUAUCUUGGGCCUCCCUGAGCCAAGCCAACCUGGGACCUCCCAAACUGGGUGUGUGGCUUACCAGACCUACCUGAAAUGACUUUCAUCUGGUUUCCUCUUCCACCAAAAUAUAUCUUAUUUUUUAUAUGCCUUCCAUAUGGCUGGCUGUAUCCCACGAGAAGCAUUUUAAAUGAUUUCAUUGUAUUUUUUCCGUUUCCCCUCAUUUGAGUCAGAACUUUUGUACGAUACCUGACCACUGAUGUUUACACAGAAUUUCAUAUUCUGCAAAAGGGAUUUAUGGUCCAAUCAUGACUGGAAUCUUCCAUGCCUGAAAAAUUAGAUGUAGGCGACAUCACUUAAAACAUCUGUAAAUCCAUACAAACAGGAUAUAUGUUUAAUCUUGAAUAUCUGAGGAAAUUUUCCUAAACGUAAAUGGCUACUGUGCAUUCUUAAGCUUUCUCCGCUAAGCACAAAACAAGCGCGUAGCUGAAUGCAUAUUUUUAAAUAUUUUUUUUCACGUUUUUGUUACAGAAUCUACUGGAUCUUUGGCUGAAAGACUAGAAUUUACAGUAGUUUAUUAAUGAUCCCUUAAAAUUACUCAGGACUUAAUGUAGCAUUGCACAUCCAUGUACAAUGAAACUGCUUUGUUUUACUAAGAAGAAAAAUGUAAGUAGAAAAACAUGUGGCAUAUACUGAAAUGUAUAUAAUUCUACCUAUAGAUUUAUAUAUGUACACACGCCUGUACAAUAGUUGUAUCAAAAUAUAUAAUCAUCCACGCCAAAUUUAUUACAGGUAUUUGCUAUUUCAAAAUUUAAAUUGAGCUGCUAUCAAUAUUAAAUGAAGUUAUAGAACCU